UUGCGGGAAAUCGCUGAUUCCGCGCCAACAAAGGAGGGGCAGAGAAGAGACAGCGGAACAUUGAUAAGUGUUGGAAUAAUCUUGGAUUUGCAUCUAAAUACACGAUUCUGGUCUGAUCAUUGUCUGUUCACUUGAUUUUUCUUCGGAAUUUACGUUAUAUUGGGAAAAUGGAGCCAGGAUUUGACGAUGCUGGAGUUUACUACAGUGAUAACUUCGGCACUGAAGACCAAGCAGAUGAACAACAGAUUGACAGACAGCAGGUGAAGCGUCGAUUCAAGCAAUUCAUUCGAGAAUUCCAUGAGGGAAACUUCUCCUACCGUUACAGAGAUGAGCUGAAACGUCAGUACAACCUGAAACAGUUUUGGCUUGAAGUUGAACUUGAUGACGUUGGAAGUUUUGACGAGGCUUUGGCUGAAAAAUUGUUGAAGCAACCAACAGAACAUCUGCAUUUGUUUGAAGAUGCUGCUAAAGAAGUUGCAGAUGAAAUCACAAGACCUAGACCUGAGGGUGAAGAAGAAGUGGAGGAUAUUCAGGUGAUGCUUACAUCUGCAUCCAAUGCUUGUGGCAUCCGUGAACUGAAGUCAGAUCAGAUGUCCCGCCUGGUGAAAAUCCCUGGCAUAGUUAUUGCUGCUUCGGCCAUCAAAUCAAAGGCAGUAAAACUGGCAAUUCAGUGUCGCAGCUGUGCAAAUGUGUUGAACAAUAUCCAAGUGAAGCCUGGUCUUGAAGGAUAUGCUUUGCCAAGGAAAUGCAAUACGGAGCAAGCUGGGAGACCAAAGUGCCCUGUGGACCCAUUCUUCAUCAUUCCAGACAAGUGCAGAUGUGUUGACUUCCAGACCCUUAAACUGCAGGAAGCCCCAGAAGACGUUCCCAAUGGAGAACUGCCAAGACAUUUACAAUUGUAUUGUGACAGAUAUUUGUGUGACAGAGUUGUUCCGGGCAACAGGGUCACCAUCAUGGGUAUUUAUUCCAUCAAAAAGACUGCAAAACCAUCAAAGAGAAAUACCAGAGACAAGGUCAAUGUAGGCAUUCGGCAACCAUAUUUCCGAAUUGUCGGCGUGAAAGUGAACACAGAAGGCACUGGACGUUCUGCAAGCAACCCGUUGACACCCACUGAAGAAGAUGACUUUCGCCGUCUUGCUGCCUCACCAAAUCUCUAUGAGACUUUGGCCAAGAGUGUUGCCCCUUCUAUUUACGGCAGCCUUGACAUGAAGAAGGCUAUUACUUGCCUCUUGUUUGGGGGAUCAAGGAAACGUCUCCCGGAUGGUCUUACUCGAAGAGGAGACAUAAAUCUGCUCAUGCUUGGAGAUCCUGGUACUGCCAAAUCACAACUGCUGAAGUUUGUGGAAAGAUGCUCGCCUAUUGGGGUGUACACUUCAGGCAAAGGCAGCAGUGCAGCUGGUCUGACAGCGUCUGUGAUCAGAGACCCCUCUUCGCGAGGCUUUGUUAUGGAAGGUGGCGCUAUGGUUCUGGCAGAUGGUGGUGUUGUUUGCAUUGACGAGUUUGACAAGAUGAGAGAGGAUGAUCGGGUGGCCAUUCAUGAAGCUAUGGAACAGCAGACUAUUUCUAUUGCAAAGGCGGGCAUCACGACUACUCUGAACUCCCGUUGUUCUGUGCUGGCAGCUGCCAAUUCUGUGUUUGGUCGCUGGGAUGACACAAAGGGUGGAGAAAAUAUUGACUUCAUGCCAACCAUUCUCUCAAGGUUUGACAUGAUCUUCAUUGUGAAGGAUGAGCAUGAUGAAGCCAGGGACAUGACUUUAGCCAAGCACGUCAUGAAUGUCCAUUUGAAUGCUUUGCAAACUACAGAGGAGGCGAAAGAAGGAGAAAUUCCUCUAAAUACCCUCAAGAAAUAUAUUGCUUACUGCAAAAGCAAAUGUGGACCUCGUUUGUCUGAGGAAGCAGCAGAGAAACUCAAGAACAGAUAUGUACUUAUGAGGAACAGCGCCAGCGAAUAUGAACGUGAAACGGGGAAAAGGAUCAGCAUUCCCAUUACUGUGAGACAACUGGAAGCCAUUAUCAGGAUUGCUGAAUCUCAAGCCAAAAUGAGGCUUUCACCAUUUGCCACAGAUGCUGAUGUCGACGAGGCAUUGAGGUUGUUUCAAGUGUCUACACUUGAUGCUGCUACUUCUGGCAAUCUUGCAGGAGCGGAAGGCUUCACAACUGAGGAGGAUCGGGAACUGCUUGGCAGAAUUGAGAAGCAGGUCAAGCGCAGAUUUGUCAUCGGUUCUCAAGUAUCUGAGCAUGCUAUCAUCCAAGACUUCACAAAACAGAAAUACCCAGAGAGAGCAGUCACAAAAGUUCUGUCACUGAUGCUUCGCAGAGGAGAGAUUCAGCAUCGCAUGCAGAGGAAAAUGCUCUUCAGAGUGAAAUAAUAUGUAUAAUUUGUGAUCCGAUUGUUUGUUUCUGGCUGUUCAUAUAUUGCUUAAAUUUUGUCGCAUAUAAUUGUUUCUGUAUUAUGUAGUGUUUCUACUUUACUCAUUGAUCUUAAACGGUUACAGGACAGACCCAUACAUGUAUUUGCCUCUGGGCACAAAAAUGAGCAUUAACAUGGCUCACUUUUUUUGUCCCCGAGGGAUGAUGACCAAGUGAUAUUUUUUGUGUGUGGGCGAUAAAUUUGAAGAUAAUCCAAAUACAAUAGAACAUGGCUAUAGCGUGACUUUAGGUUCCAGAAGAAAAAUCCCACUGUAGGCGAGUUCCCGCUAUUGGAAUGCAAAUGGGAAAUUACCGAAAAAUUUCUAAGCAUCCACAUGAUUACAUCCCUUCCAUAUCAAUAAAAUUUGCUCUUUAGAUUAGUCUUUCUUUUCUUGUCAGCUUCGUCGAUUAUCUCGGCCUUUAAUUCGAGUGGGAAGCAUUUAAUUUAGUCUUUGUUGGAAGCCAUCUUUUCCUCAGUUUGUGGAAGUAAGAGAAUAAGUCACGACAUUGCUUUAGCAGAGAUGAAUGGUGUUGAAUCAUGAAUGUAACUCUGUGGGCAACUUUUAAACCCUCUGCACUUCUUUCAUACCAUGUUUCUCUAGGUUUUGCAAUGGCUGUUGUCCGUGAUGAGCUGAUGAUAUUGUAUUAUAUGCUUUGGUAUUUUUUGUUAGAACAACUAUUGUCAUUUCAUGAUUCCUCAUUGUAUUAUAAAGAUAUCGGCAUCUCUCUUUUGAUUGUGUAUUUUUGAAGCCUAGUUCUUCAUUGAUGAUAAAUAAAAGAAUACAAUAGAA